AUGUCAGUUAUGAAUCAGCCUCUCUUCGUCUUCGUGCCUGGUGCAUGGCAUACUCCUGAUGUCUUUGAUGCCGUUCGCGAUCUUCUUGCAAAGCGCGGCUUUGAAUCAGUGCCCAUUGCAACUCCAUCUGUUGGUUCUCCUGACAAUCAGACUGGUCUCUACGCUGAUGUUGGAUAUACCCGAGGCAUCGUCUAUGAUUUAGUGAAUAAGGGUCGCCAAGUCAUCAUUGUUGGGCAUUCUUAUGGAGGAGCUGUCAGCCCAUGUGCCGUUGAAGGCCUCGGUUGGGCGAUGAGAGCGCAGUCUGGUUUAUCCGGCGGUGUCAUAAUGGUGGUCUGGUUGGCUGCUUUUGUAUUUAAGAAGGGCCAGUCUGGCCUGGAUCUAAUUGGAAACUGGCUCCCUUGGAUGGUACACAAUGAUGAUGGUUAUGUCGACUCUGCCUACCAAGAGGAUAUUUUCUACAACGACAUGACCCCCGAGGCACAGAAAACCGCCAUCUUGAAGCUACAACCCCAACCCUUAAGAUGUUUUAUUGAACCCAUAACCUACGAGUCAUGGCACGACAUACCAUCCUUUUACAUAUUUUGCGAUAAAGACAACGCGCUUCCUCUGUUAUUGCAAGAGAGUUGUGCAGCAAUCCUUGGUGAACCGGGUAAGUUUCAUAUUGAUGCAUCGCAUUCAGCGUUUUUAAGUGCCCCAGACAAGGUGGUGGAGGCGCUUGAGCAGGCGGCGAAGGAAGGGCAGGAGAAGAUGUAG